UAAUACAAACUUUAAUUUGUAAUUAAAGCGCUUACAAAUACACAAAAUAUUUAUAUAUAGUUAUUUUCAUUUCCAAAGCGCGCUUAAGGAUGUUACGCCCAAGUUUGCUACGUAUUCAGAAUAAUUUAAUGAGUUUCUUUAGUGGAUCAUUGAGAUUGAGACGACAGCCACAGCUGCUGCAGAUGCCGUUGCGACUAAAGCACAAUAAAGCACAAGCCCAAGCCGGCAAUAUAUCGCAGUGGAAGCGUCUGAUUAGUCAAUAUCAGUUUCGCACCAAGAAGGAAGUCUACUAUCCGGAUCGCAGCUCGGAGAUAAAGCGUCCAACACUGAUGGCGACCAAACAGUCGCUGCCUGUUGCGAGGCCGCAACAGCAACGUGGCCUGCCCAAGGACUACUACUACAAGGUGCUGGGCGUUAAUCGGCUUGCGAGCGUCCAGCAAAUACGCAGCGCCUUCUAUGCGCUGGCCAAGCGUUAUCAUCCGGACUCCAUGCACUCCGAGGAGAAACUGAAACACUUUCAGGAGCUAUCCAAUGCCUACAACAUAUUGACGGAUGAAACAAAACGUUUGGAAUACGAUCAACUGGGUGGCAUUAAGGAUGAGCAGGCAUUUCUCGAGCAAGCCGGCAAUCCAAUGCACAUGGACAUGUCGCUCAAAUUAGAUGAUGCAGGUGUUCCCAGUCAAGAGGAAAUCCAAAAAUUGACUAGCAGCGAGUUUGAUUUACCGCUGACAUUUGUGGAGGCCACCGUUGGCUGUAAGAAGCGUUUGGAUUUGCGUUAUUUGCUCAAAUGCGAUAGCUGCAAGGGCAAAUCGCAGCUAAUGGCCAAUCGGGAUGUGGGCAAAGAGCCAUGCAGACGCUGCAAUGGCACCGGCAAAGUCACAACCAAAACGGUCACCUACACAGCGGUCAACACUUGCAGCCAGUGCAAGGGAAAGCGUUAUAUCAAUCGCAAUGAUUGCGAUACAUGCCACAAUCGUGGCUAUGUCCUGGGCAAUGUGGAGGUGCUCAUCACAGUGCCGGCGGGCUCUAAGGCAGGAGAUGUGGUCAGCGUUGAUAAUCCGAAUACAAGGCAGCGGGUCAACUAUCAUCUGCAGGUGCCAACCAAUGAUUACUUUCGUCGUGUCGGCAACGAUAUCCAUACGGAUAAGUAUCUAAACAUAUCGGAUGCGAUAUUGGGCGGCACUUUUUCGGUACCCGGUCUCUACGAGAAUGUCGAUGUGCGCGUCGAGGCCGGCACGCAGUCCCACACCAAAGUGGUGCUCAAGAAUAAGGGAGUGCGCACUCGCGAAGGUGCCGGCAAUCACAUCAUAACGCUCAAGGUGCGCAUCCCGUGCAAUUUGUCCGUGAAGCAACGCCAACUGGUGCUCGCCCUGGCCCAAGCCGAGGAGCCCGUUUUCGAGUUCCACAAAAGUAAUGUAUAAUUCAGGGCGGGUGUAGCAGAGGGGGUAGAGUGUAGCAAUGAUAAAUUGUGUUCAAUAAAAUUCUCAAUGUAAACGCUGUAUGUCUGGCAACUCAACUUUGAGUGAUUUAUAAAUA